AUGAUUUCAUCAAUACCAAUAACACUAGAUUAAAUUUAUGGAGUCAAUUUUAAGAGAGUACCCAUAUUGUAUAAUGAAAUGGAAGGAACCAAUCCAUUGCCAAUUAACGAAAUAGAUGAAGACACAUAUUCAGAAAAAAAUUCUAGAUAAUAACAUAAGCAUUAAUUACCACCUUUACAGAAAGUCGAUAUAAGAGCUAUUGGAGAGAAUUAGAAGAAAAAAUAGAAUUUAUAUCGUUCGCCAGUUAUAUCCUCUUAAUUUGACUAACAUAUUGGAUUUAGGAAUUCUUUUUAUAGAUAGAAUAAAGUCAAUUUAGAAUCAAGAUAAAGAAUGGAAGAGAUUAAAAAUAAAGAAUAGGUAUUGUACACAAAAUAUGCUUAACGAUUUAAUGUUCCUAAAUCUUAAAUAUGGAAUUGA